CAGAGAGGCAAGCUCAGAACUCAGCCCCAGCUGGUUGGAGUUCCUUCAGCACCAUGAGGCAGAGCCCACGGCACCCGCGGGGCCGGGACGGCCCAGCCCCAACAUCCUGCAUCCAGGCCCAGUGCUUCGACCCGCUGAUCCGCCACUGUGUGGCCUGCAGCCUCCUCCGUACACCAGAACCCAGGCACGCGGGAGGCAGCAGCUUGGCGCCCGGGACAGCAUUGCAGCCACAGGAGUCAGUGGGCGUGGGCAUCCCCGAGGGGGCACUGCCCCUGCCCGGGCUGCUCUUUGGUGCCCCUGUGCUGCUGAGCCUGGUGCUGGCACUGGCCCUGGUGGCCCUGGUGACCUGGAAGCGGCGGCGGCGGCGGCGGCCAGGAGCGCCCUUCCUCAAGGUCCAGAACCCAGCCCCGGACGAGCCCCUGGAUGAUGUCAUCAUCCCCACCCCUGAAGCCCCAGAUGCCACAGCUGCCAACUCACUUGGACCCGGAGAGAAACCAGGCCCUGUGCCCCCUGGCCACAGCAUCCCAGUGCCUGCCACAGAGCUGGGCUCCACAGAGCUGGUGACCACCAAAACGGCCGGUCCAGAACAGCAGUAGCACCUGGAGGGCCCCUGCAAGCGGACCCCAGCCCUUCCUUCACGCCCCCAGGUCCCUGCUGCCCGGAGCCCAGGGUGGACUAGGCUUGGCCGGCCUGGGGAUGGGUGGUAAGCCGGCUUGGGUGUGAGUCGCUUUGCACGGUUCGGGAUACUCCAAUUACGAGGGUUUCCUUCUAGAGUCUUCAAGGCACUGCUAAGCUAAAACGAACCUGGGGGAAAAAAGAAAGGCCGAGUGGGAGGAUGCUGAAUUCGGAGCGGGUGUUGUGCUUCUUUAGUACGCGGAUGCGAGUGGCAGCAAUGAGUAACCGGCUGAUGGUUUCGCUCUGGGAUUGAGUACAAGCUUAUUUUAAGAAAUACCCGGGAACAACAAAAUGAAAGGCUGUGCUGGGCCGUGCGUCAGCCCAGGCGUAACGCAAGGCCCCUCGUGCACGCUGGCCUGGGGGCCAGCACUGAGCUCCCCCUUGGUUCCAGGGGAGCCGCCUUUUUCCCAGGGGUGCUGCAGGGGCUCAGCCUGGCCUCGCCCCAGUUCUGGACCAACCUGCACCCUGCCCGCUAGCCUCAGACGUGGGGUCACAGCUCCCACCCCAGACUCUGUCCCAGAUGCUUCUGGGGAAAUGGCCACAGCCUAGCCCCCCAUCCCCAGGGACUGUCUCCUCCUUCCGGCCACAUCCUCUCCCUGAGCUGCCCACCAGUGCUGCCUGGUAGCCAUCCCCCGCCCCUCUGUCUUUCCCUCCAAGCCCAGAAGCGGCCAUUCCCAUCCAAGUCCCAAGUCCAGCUGGUCCCUCUUUCAGCUGCCCCUGCCCCAGGAGCAGGUGACCAGAGUGGGCUCUGCAGCAGCCAGCCAGAAGCAGUGGUAAGAGCCAGAAGUCUUUCUGCCCCAGGGCUCUGCCCUGGUCCUCCCCAUCUCAGCCAGGACCUAGGCCUGAAGAUGAAAAGGGUUGGGGAAACCCCUCCAGGACCCAGACAUGCAAACCUCAGGCACCUUACUGUCCCGGCUGAGGCCCUGGUGGGUGCUGCUUUCCUUCUAGUCUUAGCAUCUGGAAACCUGGGAAGGAGUAGGAUGCAAGAUUCUCCUUCCAGCCUGUGGCCCCCGCAGGAGGACUGGAAGGAACUGUGGGAAACGCUGUCUCCCUCACACAUCCAUUCCACAGAUGAGAAAACUGAGACCCAGCAAAUACAGAGCCGUUCCUUGGGGGUGGGGAGGAAGAACCAGGAGAGAGCAGUGGAGGGGUGGGUGAGGAGGGGUACAGCAGGAAGGGGUGGAGGACCUCCCGUGUCCUAGGUGUGGCUCCCUCAGAAGCCGUAGCCUGGACGCCUCACCUGCCCUGCAUCAGGGCACCCAAAACGUGGGAAGUCUCCUGCUGUGGGUGUGUGUGUCUGCUUCAAGAAAACAGUGUUGUGUUUUACAAACCAAGAAGUGCAUCUUGUAGACAGUGAAGAGGACAGCAAUCCUGGCAGGCCCCCAGGGCAGGAAGGACGGUGUGCCAGGGCAGCUGAUGGCCCCGUCACCGCGGGCACUCUGUCCGCACCUGCCCGGGCCCAGGUGGCAUGUCGCUCUCCCCAGCACUUCCCAGGGAGGCUCCAACAUGUGUCCUCUGAGCCUCUGGCUGUUUCCCCAUCCAGCGAGUACCCCUGCCAGCAUGAGCCCUGGUGGGCAUCACUGAUGCCAGGCGUCGCUGUGCCAGGCCUCCCCAAGCCAGAGCUCUGUUGCCAUUGUGAGCUGCAGAGGAGCAAAGAGAAGCCCAGCUUGGUACAGGGACCUGGCUCAGGGUACCCAGGGCAGUGGUGGUGGUGCUGGGCCAGCCCAGCUCCUGCCCUUCAUUUUGCCUACCCAGCACUAGGGCACUCUUCCCCUGCCCCCUUCAGGCAGUGAUGCCAAGAACUACUUGUCCCCUGGGAGCCUGGCACCUGUCACCCUGGCUUAGGUCCCUCUAUCCACAAUGUCCCCGCCCCACCCCCACUCUCAACCUGGCAGGUGGGGGCGGGGCGCCUUAAGUCUCGGUUCCCCCUGGGGCUUCCGGCAGGCCCCUUUCACUUCCUGCCGCCUGGGCACCGGUGCUCAGCGAGGGAGAGGGGAGGCAGGCCUGACCCCUCACCUCCCACGGUGUCUGGUGUCUGCGGCUACCCAGAGAACCCACACCACCCAGCCCUGGGAAGCCAGCAGCACCUCCAGGCCCGUGGGAGCACCUGGGGCGCAAUGACAGGUGGGACCAGGGGGGAUUCUCCAAGGAUGGCUGGGAGGGAGGCAGCAGAUCUGCCUGGCCGUGCCCAAGGGACAAGAGGACAAGUGUCCGAGGUGGCCAGAAAGCUAGGGCGGAGCCCUGAGGAGAAAGAGGGGUCCUGGCCCUUUCCCUAGCCAUCCCCCUCUCGCGACCCCGAGGAGAGAGAGGUGGUCUGGGCCUUUUGCUGGGCAAGCAAGUGGUUCCAGGCCCGGUCUCCCACAGCCUCCAAGCUGCUGAGAAUCUGCUUGCUCCCGCCUCCCAUCCCGGACGGCUCCCUGUGCAGUUAACACACGGCGCUGUGCGUGCCUUGGGGGACAGGGCUGAAAGACCCCAUCUAGGGGUGGAAGGGUGAGGCUGGGGGCGUGGUGGGCCAGAAAAGGCGGGAGCAUCCUUGGUCGCCGAUGGACC